AUGGGUCGACGUCGCAUCCAAGAUCCAACUGAAGAUGUUUGGUCAAUGCCAAAUUGGCCUCCACCGGUAGAAAAAAUAUUUGUUGAUUCAUUGAUUGAGGAAAUGAAAUACCAUCUCGAUGUGAUCCCAAGUAAUUUCCAUGAUCAAGCAUGGGAUAAUGUUGUCAAGGACUUUAGUCAAUGCAGCGGUUUGAAUUUCGACAAGGCAGAGCUGAAAAAACAUCUGUCUAUAUUGCGAAAACGUUAUAGAACCGUGAAGCCACUUUACAACCAUGGUGGAUUUGGUUGGGAUAAUCGGACAAAAAUGGUUGUCGUUGAUGAUAGCGUGUGGGCUGAGUACAUAGAGGUACAUCCUGAGAUAAUACCAUAUAGAAAAUAUGGCUGCCCUAUAUACGAGGGCCUGUGUCAUAUUUUUACCAGACCAAAAGCUACCGGGGAAUAUGCUGUUUCUUCUACUGGAUUCAGGCUCCACAACACCGAUCUUGAAAAGAACACGAGCAACUCUAGUGAACGAAACAAACGCAAGACUGCAGAGCCCUCAAAAUCAGGUCCCAAUAAGAGGAAUAGUGUUGAUGCUGACAAUUCAGAAGAAUCAAAGAGCUGUGGAACGGAUCAGAAUCAGAAAGAUAAUCCGUAUUCGACAGCUAAUUGUGUUGUGACUCUAAACGACACGCCAGGAGUUGAUCAGAGGCUAUAUAAUGCUGCUCUGGACUUGUUUCAAAAUCAAACCUGGAGGGAAACUUUUGUCACAAUGAAAACGGAGAAAAGGUUGAGCUGGUUGAAGGCCAUGAUUCCUAGAAAAACAUGA